GGCGCGAUUCGCCUGGUCGGUGUGAUUUACUUUUGUUAUUUUAUUUUAUUGGAUAAUCUUUUGUUCGCUGUUAUUGGUUAUCGUCUCUGGGCAGUGAUUGGUUUCCUUCAACAUUCUGAGCAAUGAUUGGCUGGACACUCUCUGUGUAGUGAUUGGCUGGGUUUUCUCUGCCAAACCCUGUGACUGGUUGAGCUCAGUCCCUGUUAUGAAGACCCCCCUCAUUCAAAGGGUACAGGAGGAAAUGGAAUAAGCAAAAGGCAGCUGGGCCGAGGACCCCCAGACCUCUGUACACCAGGACCCCCGGAGCAGACAUGGCCCCCUUCAGCCGCAGGGAUUUUUUUGAGCAGCUACUCCAUGGAUGCGUGUUCCCCACCGCGCAGCAAGGACUGGAGCAGAUCUGGGUCCUGCUGGUGAUCUGCCUCGCCUGCCGUGUCCUGUGGAGGCUGGCCCUCCCGUCGCAUUUCAAGCACCUGCUGACCAUCGCAGGUGGCUUCUUCUGCCUGCACCAUUUCUUCCAGCUGCAGAUGGUUUGGGUGGUCCUGCUCAGUCUGCUCUGCUACCUGGUUCUCUUCUUGUGCCGGCGGUCUCCGCACCGGGGGGUCCUCCUCUCUGUUACCGUCCUCAUCUACCUGCUGAUGGGGGAGAUGCACAUGGUGGACACUGUCAGUUGGCACAAGAUGAGAGGAGCACAAAUGAUUGUGGCAAUGAAGGCCGUGUCCCUUGGGUUCGACGUUGAUCGGGGCACAAUUCGCUCCAUCCCAUCCCCAGUAGAGUUCAUGGGGUACGUUUAUUUUGUGGGCACCGUGAUCUUUGGCCCGUGGAUCAGUUUUACCGGCUACCUCCAGGCAGUGAAAGGACGUCCACUGAGUCUGCGCUGGUUCUGGAAGGUGUGCCGCAGUCUGGGGCUGUGCAUCGGUUGCCUUUUGGUGUCCACCUGCAUCUCGCCGUAUCUCUUCCCUUACUUUAUCCCUCUGUAUGGAGAUCGGCUCCUCAGAAACAGGAAGCACAAGGCCAGGGGUACAAUUAUUCGAUGGCUCCGGGCCUACGAGAGCGCCUCCUCGUUCCACUUCAGUAAUUAUUUUGUAGGGUUUUUAUCAGAAGUGACGGCUACUCUAUCCGGAGCCGGCUUCACCGAGGAGAAGGAAAACAUUCAAUGGGAUCUGACAGCCUCGCGCCCGCUCAACGUGGAGAUCCCCCGCUCCAUGGUUGAAGUUGUGACCAGCUGGAACCUGCCAAUGUCUCGCUGGCUCCACUCGUAUGUUUUUAAGAAUGCGGUGCAGUUGGGGAUGUUUCACGCCAUUAUCGUCACCUACGCGGCAAGUGCGCUGCUUCAUGGUCUCAGUUUUCACUUGGCCGCCGUCCUCUUGUCUUUGGGAUUCAUAACAUACGUUGAACACGUUCUGCGGAAGAGAUUGGCGGAGAUUUUCAGCGCCUGCAUCCUGUCCAAGAAAUGCCCCCCAAACUGCACUCAUCGUCACAAGAAGGGCCUCCUGCUGACCCUCACUAAUAUUCUGUUUGGGGUCCUGGCCAUCGUCCAUCUCACAUACCUGGGGUCUUUGUUUGACUCCGAGUCGGAUGAUGUGGAGGAAGAGGGCUACGGGAUGUCCCACACCGUUCACAAGUGGUCAGAGCUGAGUUGGGCCGGCCAUUGGCUCACGUUUGCCUGUUGGGUGUUUUACCGUCUGAUCCUGUGAGAGAUCCGCCAUUUCUCUGAGAGGGACCAUGACAUCCGAGCGCCACCCAAUGUGUGAGGGUCAGGGGUCUGACAAAGCUCAGGCCCGGGUGGGCCAGAUGUGUCCCACGCAGCAGUGUUCAUCAGCCAUCUUCCUGUGAUAGGGACCCGAUAAGUGGGUCUUAUAGAGGAAGGGACUUCACCCUAACAGUAUUUUAGAGGUGUCUCUCCCACCUAAGAGGUGUCUCUCCCACUAUUUUGUGGUCUGCCCCAGCGGGGGUACAUUAAGGCUGCUCACUAUUGGUGCAAUUUGUUACAGAUUCAGGUACACAGGGGACACGCUAGGCUCUGUAACUCCACUUAUUCCUCUCCCGGGGAGCAGCCAGAUUUUUUUUUUAUUAUUAUUAAAUAUUCCUGAUCCUGUAAGACCCCCUCAUGCAGAAUCGGCCAAUAAAUCCUC